GAGUUCAGUCAAAACAAUGCUACAAAUGUAGGCAAGCAUAGUAAAAUGUCGAAAAAGAAAAUAAGCUUGACAAAAUUAAAGGUUGUCGCGGAAAACAACGGGUCCAAGAAACAAAUCACUAUCUCCAAGUUUUUCUCUGCGCCUCUGCAACAUUCUAAAGGCAUUGAAAAGAAUGCGCAAGAUGAAGAUGACCGAGAUUUUCCCGUCGUUGUCAUUGAUGACGAUUCUCCAAAGAAAACAGACACACAGGUGAUGUUAUAAUUACAGAAAAUAAAACAUUAGAUUCCAGGAAAUAACACGAAAAGGGUCUACCGUAGUGCGAAAACUGGGAAGAAAAGAGUAAGCGAAAAGAAAACAGAAAGUCGUGAAAAUAAAAGGAAAUGCUUACAUCUAUCUGAGAGCAGUUCCUCGGUAUUUGCAGAGCUCCCCAUGUCUCCAUGUUCUCAGACUCAACCAAGUGCUUCCAGCACAGGAAUCGACGGAACAGAAAAACCAAGUCACAGAUUGUCACCGUCCACAAAAUCCAAACUGGGAAAAUUUAACGUGAAUGAGAUUCCCAGUUCUUCUGAAGUCAAAGAUAUAAAAACCACAGUUCCAAAGAAGCCAGUGAUUGAUGUAAGUUUUGAAGAAGAUCGAGUUGAAGUUUGCAAAGAUGCUAGCGGUUACGAUAGUGAGGAUGAGGAACGACCCUCUACCUCAAGAGACUUGACAGGGUUACAGAAGUUUGCUUCAGGAACAAGUGAAAAAGCCGCAGUCAACAGAAAAAUGAAGAUGAAGUACACGCCUCUAGAGCAACAGUACAUGGAGCUGAAGGAGAGGUACCCUGACACCCUGCUGUUUGUGGAGUGCGGCUACAAAUACCGGUUUUUUGGAGAAGAUGCAGAGAAUGCAGCUCGGGUACUAAAGAUUUACUGUCAUCAGGACCACAACUUCAUGACGGCGAGCAUUCCUGUACACCGUCUGUUUGUACAUAUAAGGAGACUCGUAGUGGCAGGCUACAAGGUGGGAGUAGUGAAACAAACAGAGACUGCAGCACUGAAGGCCUGCGGAGACAACAGAAGUGGACCCUUCACCAGAGAACUGACAGCCAUGUACACUAAGUCCACUCUCUUUGGUCAAGAUGUUGAUCCUGUGAAUACCACAGAGGAGCUGCAAGGGGAGAUAAAUUCUGAGAGCAGUAGUAGUGAAUUUCUGAUGUGCGUAUAUGAUGUUCCUCAAGAUAAAGCAUCAAAGCACCAAACCAUAGGUAUCCUAGCUGUGCAGCCGUCAACAGGAAGUGUAAUAUAUGACAGCUUUGAGGAUUCCGAUCUCAGGAGUCAGCUGGAGAUGAGAAUUCUUCACAUCCAACCAGUGGAGUUUUUAACCAGUAAAACGCUGUCUGGUGCGACCCAGAAACUGUUGUCAGACAUUGCAGCUUUAAGGUCAACAGAUGAUGACAGGUUGAGGCAGGAGCGUAGUGAUGAUGAGGUGUUUGAAUUCAGAUCAGCCUUUAAAGCCGUGUCUGAUUUUUACAAGGAACAUGGGAAAGACCCCUCAGUUGUACAAUUCGUGAUCAAUCUUUCUCCUCCGGUCAUAAGUUGUCUAGCUGCGGUGUUGAAAUACUUAAAAGACUUUGGCCUCCAAAAAGCCUUUGACGAUGCCAGUGACUUCACCCAGUUUUCUGAGAAGUUGAAGCAUCUUCACAUGCCUGGAAACACAGUGCGAAAUUUGGAACUCUUUUGUAAUCAGAGUGAUGGCAAGGAGAAAUACUCUGUAUAUUGGAUGAUUAAUCAGACGGUCACCAAGUUUGGCAGCAGAAAACUCAGGGCCUGGCUAGCUCAUCCUCUGAUGGACAUCAAAGAAAUUUUAUCAAGACAGGAAGCAGUGAAUGGAAUUUUAGACCAUAUCAACUGUAGCAGUCUGAGUAGACUGAGAAGCAUACUGCAAAAGUCACCUGACCUGGAAAGAGGGCUGUGCUCAAUAUAUCAUGAAAAAUGUAGUGUACAAGAAUUUUAUGCGGUGUGCAGGUCCCUGUCCACAUUGGUGGCUGAGGUAGAGGAUGUUAAGACAUGGUGGAUGGAGAAAUUGUCCUGUUCCUUACUGCAGACAAUUUGUACCGAUGUUCCUGAUCUGCUCUGUAACAUCAAGCAGUUCAAGGAGGCAUUGGAUGAAACAGGUGUUAAGGCUAAUGACAACACUAGAAUUUUCAUUAAUGAAGAAGACUUCCCUGACAUCAGAAAGAAGAAGAAUCAGAUACAGACAGUGAGGACAGAAAUCAUGGAGCAUCGACGAGAAGUCCGACUUCGCUUGCACCAGCCAUCUCUGGACUAUGUCUCAAUCAUGGGGACAGAGUACUUGAUAGAAAUCAAGAAUGCUCAUAUUCAUCUUGUGCCUCAAGACUGGAUCAAAAUUAACAGCACAAAAACUGCGAGUAGAUUUCACUCUCCAUUUAUUCAAGAGAAAGUCAAAGAGCUGAAUCAGUUACAGGAACAAUUGGUUAUAGUGUCACAGGCAGCUUGGUUGACAUUUCUGCAGACGUUCAACGAGGGAUUCAGAAGAUACAAAAGAGCAGUGGAUCACCUAGCAACAUUUGACUGCUUGUUCUCCUUAGCAAUGGUUGCUAAGCAUCAGGACUUCUGCAGGCCAGUUAUAUGUGCUGAUGAGAUAUGUAUAGAAAUAAGACAAGGCAGGCAUCCUGUGAUUCAGCACCUGCUUGGUGCUGGUGGACAGUAUGUUGCCAACGAUACAAUUCUACAGGGUACAGGACACAGAGUGAUGACCAUUACUGGACCUAACAUGGGGGGUAAGAGCUCCUACAUCAAACAGGUGGCCAUUAUCUGCAUCCUCGCCCAGAUAGGCUCCUAUGUACCCGCAGAGUCAGCUAAAAUUGGCAUCCUAGAUGCCAUAUUUACAAGGAUGGGAGCUACAGAUGAGAUCUUCAGUGGCAGAAGUACAUUUAUGGUAGAGCUUCAGGAAACCUCAGACAUCUUAUCACAAGCUACCUCUCGUUCACUGGUGGUUCUCGACGAAUUGGGUAGGGGUACCAGUACACAUGACGGCGUGGCUAUAGCAUAUGCCACACUAGACUACUUCAUAUCAGAGAUUCAGUGCCAAACUUUAUUUGUGACACACUAUCCAAUUUUGGCAGAGUUUGAAAAAUCAUACCCACAAAAUGUUGGUAACUUUCACAUGGGAUUUAUUGUAAACGAAGACAGGUCAACAGAUGGUGAAGACAACAGACCCACAAUUACAUUUCUGUACCAGCUUGUUAAAGGGGUCGCAGCCAGGAGUUACGGUUUAAAUGUUGCUCGACUUGCUGGUAUUAACGAAGAUAUUAUUCGGGAGGCAGCGUUGUUGUCUGCACAGCUGGAGAGGAAGGUUCAGAAGAGAAGAUUUGAAAUGGAAGCCUUCCAGAAUAUAAUGUCUGCAGAAAAUGACCAUGAGCUAUUGAAGCACAUAAAAACAUUUAUUGAAUCAAGUAACAUACCAGAGUGAUUUUAUGCAAAUUUGAAACAUGUCCCUUGUUUGCAUGGAAAUAAAAGACAAAAACCCUUUG